AUGGCCUUCGAAAUCGUCCAGCUCGAACACGUGCCGUCAUCUUACCGCAUCCACCUCGCCCUCUUUCGCAAUGUAAAGAAUGCCGGCUUCCUGCACCAGCAGCUCCUCGCGCGCAAUGCCGACUUCGAAUACGCCUUUAUCGAUGCGUCUACGAUUGUUUCGCGCGUCCAUCUUCUCUCCGCUGUGUUCAAGGCCGUCAACAGCUCCGUCAACGGCACGCUACGCACACCAAACGUCCACUCCGAAAUCGUCGUGUCACUGAGCUCCUCCAGCAAUAUCGCUGAUGCAUACCGCCGAUUUGGCGUAUCGCCAUCUACAUCCGACCUCUUCGUCGUCAAAGUCACCUUUCCCAGCAGCGCCACCCCCGAGCCUCCCUCCGCAGACUCCAUCUCGCAGCACCUCACAGACAACGUUGAGGGAGACGCUGUCCCCGCCACCAAUGAGACUAUCCAGACGAUUACCGACGUUCGAGCCGUGCGCAAGAGCUACAAGCUCAACGGCUUGGCGUGGUUGGACGCAAUCAAGGACGAGUUGUUGAAGCGUCAAGAAAUGGAGAGGCUCAUCCUUGGAGGUAUGGCGCUGCGGGGGGUGUGA